GCGUGGAUAUUUAGCAAUAUGCUCCUAUAUAUAUACUAGGACAUGCAAAAGGUUUUUUGUGCUUCCAUUUGCAAACUAGUCUCCUUCAUUAGUUUACAUACAAAAGUCUUCAAUAAUGGCCGGUAUUGACUUUUCCUGUGAAGACUCCUUUAAGUUGGUGUCUUUGAAAGCUUACCUCGCCGAGUUCAUCUCCACUUUGCUCUUUGUUUUCGCCGGCGUUGGCUCCGCCAUUGCUUUUGGGAAGCUAACGAAUAAUGCGGCUCUUGAUGCGCCCGGUCUAGUUGCGAUUGCCGUUUGCCACGGUUUUGCCCUCUUCGUCGCGGUUUCCAUCGCAGCAAACCACUCCGGUGGUCAUGUGAACCCAGCCGUCACCUUUGGCCUUGUUCUGGGUGGAAAAUUGAAAAUCGUCACAGGAGUUUGCUAUUGGGUUGCUCAGCUUCUUGGCUCCACCGCUGCUUGUUUCCUUCUUAAAUUUGUCACCGGUGGUUUGGCGAUUCCAAUCCACAGCGUUGCGGCUGGAGUAGGGUCCACUGAAGGAGUAGUGAUGGAGAUCAUAAUCACAUUUGCAUUGGUCUACACUGUUUACGCCACAGCCGUUGAUCCCAAGAAUGGCACUCUCGGAAUCAUCGCACCACUUGCUAUUGGUCUCAUCGUCGGUGCUAACAUUCUUGCCGCUGGCCCGUUCUCUGGUGGUUCCAUGAACCCUGCUCGUUCCUUUGGACCAGCUCUUGUGGCUGGUGACUUUUCAGGACAUUGGGUCUAUUGGGUCGGUCCACUUGUUGGUGGUGGACUCGCUGGAGUUAUAUACUCCAACGCUUUUAUCGCCGAGUCCAACCAAGAGACUGAGUCUGAGCAUGUUCCUCUUAUCUCUGCUUAAAUGAUUCUUGAUUCUGAUUCAUAUUUUAUCAAUUUUUAGUUUGGUUUUCUUUCUUCUUAAUCUUGUCCUUGUUUUUUUUUUGGAAAGUUAAUUUGGUGCUUGUUUGAGUUUGGUUACAAGUGAUUGUUUGCAUAUCUCUUUUCUUGUAAACUUGUAUAAUAUAUUUGAUGUUCGCGAGUCA